AUGCACUUCUCAUCUUUGAGUCUUCUUCUCUCGGUCGCUCUAGUCGAGGCCGGGGCUUUGAUCAAACCCUCUGCGCAUCAGUCAAAUGAAGAACCCGACUACCCUGAAAGAUGCUACCCUGAUCCCUGCAAAGGCGUGACCUAUCAAAACUCCAGUGCAGUCUGCGGUGACCCCCGACUAGGCCCCGUCAAGCUCCCAGGCUACUUCCCCCUCGCCAACCAACUCGAGACAUACGCCCGAUUCGGCGACCUCUGUCCAGUCGAGUUCCUAGAAAAAUGGACCGUCAACGCCACCGACCCAAAAGCCUACUGGAUCUACCCAGACAGCAAUGGUUUCGUCGCGACCACCGAACAACUAUCCAUCUCAGGAAACGUCACUCUGCGCGUCGGUCAGAAAGUCGACAGAUUCGGAGCCGAGACAGGCAAGUUCCUGGCGCCUCUUGGUGCACCAUAUAUCGAACGCGCCCUGCCUCCGUCGAAUUUGUUUGCGCCGGAGAACAGUAGCUUCCCGUACAAUUAUCAUGUGUACGAGGUGACUAAGGAGUUUGAUGUCUUGCUUGGACCGAUUGCGGCGUGGUUCGAGCAGCCUGGCUUUGGGUCUCAGAUUCUGGCUUAUUCGAGUGUGACUGCUUUGCUGGAGGGAGGGUUCUUGGAGAGAUUGGAGUUGGAGGAUUAUGAUGAGGCGGAUGAUUAUUCCGCGGGCUAUUUGCCUGAUCCUGAGCAGCCUUCUUCUUGA